AUGCCGCCAGAAAACAAGCAUGCUCCUGACCCCAACGAGCUAUGGCUGGUUCCCGACCCGGUCGAGCAAGACAGGUUCGAUUCAGGCAGACAGCCGGCCUUAAAAACCAAGCGUUCCCUACCAGUGAUGCGAAGCAGCAAGUCCCCUUGGCUUUCAGAAAUGAGCAAGAGAGCCAGUGCAUGCGACCACAGCAAUCCCGAGAAAAUGCGAAUGGAACUUGUCACUUGGAACGUUGGAGUAACGACGUACGCGAAAUGGAAAGGUGAGAAGCUGAAGGAGAUCGGCCCAGGCCCUAAACUUAUUCACUGUGGAACAUCAAGCAGAAGAAAGGGAGUUGGAGUGGUAUUGAAUGAAACGAUCAAACGCAGGGUAUUCCAAAUCAACCGAAUUAACGACAACACCAUGGGCGUUAAGCGGACCUUGAAGAGGAGAAAAACAUCUAUGACAUAGCA